AUGCCGCUCCGCGAGAAUGGAGCGAAAGAACCAAGUGGUUUGUGGUAAUGUCAGAAUUUGCACCUAUUUGUAUCUAUUUAGUGAUAAGUCUGCUAGUUUCUUUGAUCUUACUCGGUCUUCCUUUUCCCUUUGCUUCCAAUAGUUCGACCUAUCCAGAAAAAUUGUCGGCCUACGAAUGUGGUUUCGAUCCUUUCGGUGAUGCCAGAAGUCGUUUCGAUAUACGAUUUUAUCUUGUUUCCAUUUUAUUUAUUAUUCCUGAUCCGGAAGUAACCUUUUCCUUUCCUUGGGCAGUACCUCCCAACAAGAUUGAUCCGUUUGGAUCUUGGUCUAUGAUGGCCUUUUUAUUGAUUUUGACGAUUGGAUCUCUCUAUGAAUGGAAAAGGGGUGCUUCGGAUCGGGAGUAA